AUGUGUUACCUUCAUCCUGCACCGGGGUUUCGUGCAUCUGCGACUCGCCAUCUUCUAUCUCGUCCAUCAGCUGUUGUGUUUACAAGGCUUGUGAUUCCGCAGACCAAGAAAUGGGGUGGCUAUUCCUUCAUCUGCCAGUUGUUCGUCAACUUCAUCGACCACUUCUUCUACAACCUCCUCUUCCACGACGUCUACUGGGCGCACCAGCCCGACAUCCAGUUCUAUCGGGACACGCGCCGUCGCGGCCAGGAUCUAGGGAAGUCGGCUACUGUGACCGCCGACAAGCCAGGAGACGAUGUUGGAGGUCAGCUCUACGGCACAAGCCCGCGGACACAGGUGGGACAUAUUGUCUCGCUCGGAUCGACAUCAUUUCCGGCAUUGGGUGGCGCUAAUGCCUGUGGUCACUGCGGUACAACAACCACAACACCCUUCUGCACACGGUGUGGUAUGCCGUCAAGGCUCACAGGCUAUACAGAUCUCGCAGUACGGCAGGAGAUAGGCCCUACAGAUGCCGCAGCGCGACAGGAGAUAGACUCUGCAGUUGUCUCAGUACCGCAGGAGAUGGGCUCUACAGACGUUGUAGCGCGGCAUGAGAUUGACACCGGGUACUCCAAGGCAGAUCGCGACGACAACGAACAUCUCGCUUCCCCAGCUACAAGGCAAGGGCCUCCACUCCCGAUUCACUACUCCCAGAAGGGGCAAGCCGAGGUCGAGUUAGCAGCAAGCAUGGCCUCGCACAAGGGAAAUAACUGCGCCGGACUUGACGAAAAUCCCAAUCUUUCUCCUAGGCCAUAUCGGGAUCGAUCAGGAACUGACACCGCAAAUGUUACGCCGCCGUCCUUAGAACGCUCGACAAUGUCGACAGCAAUCGAUGGACGAUGUACCAUGUGCAAUCUUCCUGGCCUUCUCUGCGAUUCAUUCAACCACUUUAUCACCUCACCACUCUCCACUGACCGAAAUGUCACGUUCAAGCGGGCCAUUCUUUUCCCUGCGGAUGCUGAAACACCUCGCUUCGUGUGGCUCAAGUGCACCUUGGAUCCGAAGGGAUUUGAAUUUGAUGAUUCCCGCAGCAUGCUAGGUGACGGACAUGUCUUCCCAGGCCGAAAUUCCGUAAAAAGGAAUCCUGUCAGAGAAAAGGAGCUUGAUUACAACAUCGAAAUUGUUCAUCGCGACGACUUCAAACAUGAUGGAUCAAGAAUUAACGAAAGUAUCCUGACAGCAACUCAGCAGAAGACGACAUGUCCCUGGGCCGGCAACGUUGUGGCAGUGAGGCGUGAAGGAUCGCGAUCAAAUACAGCUGUCGUUGGAAAUAUGACCAUGGAGGACUUUCGACAUACUACGGACUAUUUGUCGACUUAUGCUUCCAAUCCACAGGACUUCGGUUCCUCUCCAAAGCAGCUUCGGCAAAUGGACGUUUACGGCCACCCAGGCAUUUUGGCGCAUUUGAAAAAGAACUUGGACUGGGGGGCCACAUCCGGCUAA